GCUCAGAAUCGUCUGCUAUGCAGCCAUUUUGAAUGCCAAGCGGCGUUCUUAUUGUCAAGUUCACGAGCACAGUUUUGAAUUGUAUUGAUCAGUGAUUUCGUUGUUUUAACUGAAUUUUACUCCUAACAAUGGCGAUGGCAAUGCAGAAAAAGCUAAACGUGAGGUUACCUCCUGAAGUAAACAGAAUCCUAUAUGUUCGAAAUCUUCCCUAUAAAAUUACAUCAGAAGAAAUGUAUGAUAUCUUUGGAAAAUAUGGAGCUAUUCGGCAAAUCAGAGUAGGGAACACUCCAGAAACCAGAGGAACUGCUUUUGUGGUCUAUGAAGACAUUUUUGAUGCGAAAAAUGCUUGUGAUCAUCUUUCUGGUUUUAAUGUCUGCAAUCGUUACCUUGUAGUACUCUAUUAUCAACCUACAAAGGCCUUCAAAAAGGUUGACACAGACAAGAAGAAAGAAGAGAUAGAAAGCAUGAAGGCUAAAUUUGGAUUGAAUGAUGAAUAACAUGUAAAUUGACCUCAUUUCUCAUUGUACAAUUUGGUAUAAUAAAAAACCAUUUUCACUA